UUGAAGUAAGAGGGAGCCGAUUGAGAUGUUGCUGUUUUUUUGUGUAGUGGCCCUCUUGAAAUUCUCGAACGGGGAGAUUUUUGACUUUGCCGAUGAAGAUCCUUUAAAUUCUGUGUGGCCACAAGGCGAACGAAUAAAACUAAAAACAACAGAAUGUCAGGUUCAAACACAAAAUGGUGUUAAAUAUGGCCAGUGCGUCCCAUACGCUAGCUGUCUUCUCUCACAAGGAACACCGAACGGAUUUUGUGGUAUUCUCCAAACCUGCUGUGUUUAUGAAAGUACCUGUGGAAAAACCAGUAACGCCAAAGUAAGCUACUUUGAGACAACUGAACUGGCUAAUGGACAAACCAACUGUGAAUAUAUAGUUCAACUCAGGAACAAAAAUAUUUGUCAAGUAAGGUUGGACUUCAUUAAGUUUAACUUAGCCCCAGCCACUCUAACCACACCGCAAUUCGCAUCUUAUAAAUCAUACAGAUGUGUUGACGACAUAUUUAGAAUAACACCGAACCCCUUCAACAUUCCAGAUCUUUGUGGAAAUAAUGAUAAACAACAUGUUUAUAUCCACGUUAACCAGACUGACGGAGUAACCAAAGGAGUCCAAUUGCAGAUGGCUUUAGCAAACAGAAACUACAAUCCACUACUAUUUUCCCCAACUUGGAGAAUUAAAAUUACACAACUUGAGUGUCCAGGCCAUCGCUCCGGUCUAAACUUUGGAGAUAACAAAGAUGUAAUCGAAGAUUUUCCACUACUAGCUCCUUUGGGUGCCAUACAAUACUUUUCAGAAUCUACUGGAUAUAUUAAGUCAUUUGGUUUUGAUGGUUCUGUGAGUAAUCAACAGAGCUAUACUUAUGGACAAUCAUAUGCUAUUGGUUUCAAAAGGGAAAUUGGCGUAUGUGGAAUAAGAUUUGUACCUGACUAUAUGUACCUACCUUACGAUAACUCCCUUGGACUUCAUGGUGACAACGACUGUAUGCACUAUUUGUAUGUACCAGAACUAUAUUUUGAUGAUGUGAUGUCAACGUCCAACAGCUUAAUUUCCAAAGUUUGUCUGACUGAACCUGAAGAUUUCAGAUCAUAUGCUCCCGGUCCUUUCUACGUUCACUUUAAUUCACAAAAAACGAAUUUCACUACUGAUGAAGAGAAAAAACAAGGAUUCAACAUUAAAUAUCAACUCCUAAGUAGAUGUCCAUAGAAUUCUAUUAUUUUUACUUUUUAUUUAUUUAAUUUAUUGAUGUAAUCAUAUU